UUUCAGGGAAAAGGUUUGAAGAGCAGUCCUAACUCCUCGAAUUUUUGUUUUUUUUUUAAUUUUUCAUUAAAUAAAAAAUCACCCUAAAUAUUUCUAAGCCAAAGAAUUACUAACUGGUUUUGGAAAAUUUUUACAAUUUGUAAACGGAGUGAAUACUGUUUUAUUUUUUUGAAAUCAUGGCGCCCUACAACUUUAUAAGUGCCAUGGAGGACCUGGCCUUGGAGUUCACCGUGAACAAGCAUAAGCACCAUCUUUUCAUACGCGAUGCGCGGAUUGUGGCUUAUGCGAUCCUGAAGCAGAUGAUCCAGGACAAGACGGUCUUCUGCGAUCACGUGGGUGAGCUUCACAGGACAGCCGCCUCUGUGGACGACUUGAAUCUGGACUUGCCGCUGAACUUUGAGAUCUUUCUGCCCAUCCGAUUGCCAAUGGCUGUUGUUCCCGUUUUCGAUGAGAAGAGACGCAGUGUGAAGUUCACCAGGAACAACUAUCGGCAUCCGUUCCUCUUCGGAAAUGCAGUGAACAACAAGUCGAUGAACCUGCUGCUCCAGCAUGAGCUCCAGAGGGCCAUAUCCAAGAUCAAGUUCGUUAGCUCCUCCUGCUCGGGAAGAACCUAUGAUCUGCAGUACUCGGUGCUCAUCUGCAACCAGGUCCCCUUCGUCCACAAAGUUGUGGCUGUGGAACGCGGCACCAACAGGGAACGUUUCAUCCGCUACGAUUUCGUCCUGGCCUUGGAAUUCCACAACGCUGUGAUGACUCUGCCUCCGUACUUCAAGGCUCCCCUUUCCCAGCGAUGGAUUGCCUACGGAAUGGUCGACGGAGAGGGCGACUCCAAUCCGGCGGAGUGGGCCGUGCUGGUGCCCAAGUGGCAGGACCUGAAGGCGGGUGCCCGGCUCGUCGCCGUCAACUGCCAGAUCCUGCUCUUCCGCCUGCUGACCGCCCAGCAGUGCUCCAUCUUCGCCUUGCCGGCCUCCAUCAAGUUUGCCUUCGUUAUGGCCGCCGAGAAGCGCGGCGAGCAGAUCCAAAACAUUAGCAUCGCCGAUUUGACCAUUACAGAACUCUUCCACCAGGUGUUCUGCAACUUGAAGGAGACGGUGCCCAGGAACACCAGGGGCGACGAGGCGACCAGGACCAGUCGGCUGAUGGCCAUUCGGAAGCAGCAGCUCCGCGCCCGUGCCGUAUACGCACUGUUGGCCGACGCCGCUCUGAGGAACUGCGUGACCGCCAGGUUCCUGCACGCCUACUUCUGGUUCAUCUGCCUCACGCCGCCGCCGGAGUCCUUCCACCAGUCGCUGGUCGAGGUCCACAGCACCGAGUCCCCUUUAAAGUCCUAAUCCGGCAAAGUUAAAUUGACCAGAACGACGGCAAGAAAAAAGGGGAAGGGAGUGCUGGCUGGGGUGACUUCUUUCGGAUGGGUGGCAAACAACCACAAGGAGUGGCUUCCCUUGUUGAUUUUUUGAAAUUUGAGCACUACUGCAAAUUGGUCGAGCAGUUUGUGGGAAUCCCCCAGUAUCCCCGCCAUCGUCUUAGUGUCAAAUCUCGGUAAUUGUGCAACUUUAAUGCCAAAAAAAUAAGUGGAAAUGUCGGAGGAGGGAAGAGAGCUUACACAGAUACAAAACACACUUCCAUACACACACACACGGCAGGGCAGGGAAACACAGACAGAGACAAAAGUUAAUAAAAGCCAACUAAAAACUAAA